GCGGAGAGGUGAGCCUGGUCCCAGUUCCUGUCCGUACCCCUGUCCCAGCGACGGGGCGGCGCAGGCAGUCCCGGAGGCGGUGGGCAGAGCCGGGCCAGUGCCGAGUCAGGCCGGAUGGGCGACACAGCGAGAUCAGGACCCGGGGACCCCCGGGGCGGCUGAGCAGGCCCAUGGCGGCGGGCGCGGGCGCCUUCGCGUGGGCCACCUUCCCCUCCAUGCCCACGCGGCGCGUGUACUGCAGCGCCGCGCACCGCGACGGGCAGCUCUUCGUGCUGGGCGGCUGCGGGGGCGGGGGGCGAGCCCUGGGAACGGCCGAGGUGCUCGACCUCCCGGCCCAGCGCUGGACCACGCUCCCACCCCUGCCCACGCCGCGGGCUGGUGCUGCUGCCCUCGCCCUGGGCAAGCAGAUCUUGGUGGUGGGUGGCGUGGAUGCGGCGCAGAGCCCUCUCGCCUCCGUUGAGGUCUACCACGUGGAUGAGGGCAAGUGGGAGAAGGCAGCGGCACUGGCUCAGCCCUCCAUGGGCAUCUCAGCUGUGCAGAGAGAUGGGGCUGUUUAUGCACUGGGGGGAAUGGGUGCGGACACCUCUCCCCAGGCAUUGGUCCGUGUCUAUGAGCCGGCGAAGGACCACUGGCAGCCCCUGCCCUCCAUGCCCACCCCAUGCUAUGGGGCCUCCGCCUUCCUGCAGGGCAACAAGAUCUUCAUCCUGGGGGGCCGGCAGGGCAAGUUGCCCGUCACAGCCUUUGAGGCCUUCGAUCUGGAGACGAGGAGCUGGACACGCUAUCCCAGUGUGCCCAGCCGCCGCGCCUUUGCCGCCUGCGCCAUGGCCGACGGCAUCGUCUUCAGCCUGGGGGGGCUGCAGCAGCCAGGGCCACACAACUUCUAUUCCCGUCCCCACUUCGUCAACACCGUGGAGAUGUUCGAUCCUGCCCAAGGUGCAUGGAGAAAGCCAAACCGCACCAUCCGCAUGAGGGAGAAGAGAGCCGACUUCGUGGCUGGCUGCCUAGGAGGAAGAGUGGUGGCCGUGGGUGGCCUCGGUAAUGCCAGGGGGAACCAGUCCUACCCACUGGACUCAGUGGAAGGGUUCAGCCCCUCACAGAAAAAGUGGGAGCCACUGCCCCCCAUGCCCACGGGCCGCUGCUCCUGCUCCAGCUGCCCAGCACCCGGCCUGCUCUUCCUCAUCGGUGGAGUGGCCCAGGGCCCCAGCAGUGCCGUCGAGGCUCUGUGCCUGCGUGAGACGCCCUGAGUGGGGCCCUGGGAGCCAGCCCCAGCCAAGCACCAAGUGCCUGAAGACGGGGACAGGGUGUGUGAGCACUCAUGCCUGCGAGUGACCUGGCUCCAGGGAGCUGCAGUCCCAUGACAUUGGGCACGGGAGCAGCUGCAGUUUUGGAAAUCCCUCUUGGCUCCUGUAGUGCUGUGGUGAUGGAACCCAGGGCAAACUCCUGCCUGGUGGGACGGCCAUGGCCAGCAGUGCGGAGGGAGCAGCGGCGGCAGGACUGUCGCUGGCCUCACUGCCCUGCCCGGCCCCGACCGUGCCGCGGCGUGUCUGUGCCGUGUGUGUAGCAGUGAGUGCUGUGUCGUCGUAGACCCAGUCAAUGUCUCAUGUAGCACAGAGGUGCCCUGUAGCUCAGUGCCUGGGAGGUGACGUAGCACCUUGAAUAAAUGAAACACAUGGAAUUUUACCCCA